AUGGAAAUUCGCAACCUCUGCUUGGCGGGCGGAUUUCCGUUGAAGAAGUGGGCAGCCAACGACGAGAAGAUCCUGACUGGAGUACCAAGCGAUCAUCGUUUGCAGCAAUUGCCGCCAGCUUGGGAAGGAGAGAGUCACUCCACGCUAGGACUCCGCUGGCACCCGCAACACGACCAGUUCUCUUUCGUGUUUCAUCCGCACGCUGCCAUCAACCACACGAAGAGAACGGUUUUAUCCGAAACCGCACGGCUCUUCGAUCCAAUGGGGUGGCUCGCUCCAGUCGUGAUUCGAGCAAAAAUUUUCAUUCAAUCCACGUGGCUGCAAGGAUUGGACUGGGACACCCCGCUGCCGCCAUCCGACGCUCGAGAGUGGCAACGUCUUCUAGAAGAACUCCAUCUUCUAGAUCAGGUGCGAAUAAAACGCUGGCUCGGGACCGGAGCAGAUAAGGCCUCGCUGCAGCUUCAUGGCUUCGCCGAUGCAUCCGAACGAGGAUAUGCAGCCGCAGUAUACAUCCGCAUCACUGAAAGGAACGAAACGUCAGUAAGGUUAUUGAUGGCCAAAAGCAAGGUAGCACCCGUCAAACAAGUGACCUUGCCGAGGCUGGAGUUGUGCGCCGCCACGCUACUCACCAAUUUGACGCGACAUGUCAAACAAACGCUCGACCUGGCAACAUCAGACACGUACUUAUGGUCAGAUUCAACAGUGACCCUCCAAUGGAUUCGCGGUCACUCCUCACGCUGGAAGACUUUCGUCGCCAAUCGAGUCGCUCACAUCCAGACGCAGCUGCCUAAUGCACAAUGGAGACACGUAGCUGGUCGCGACAACCCUGCGGACUGUGCAUCAAGGGGUAUUAAUCCAAGCGAACUAAUCAAUCACGCUUUAUGGUGGACAGGACCUACCUGGUUGUCACAGCACGAAUCGGCCUGGCCAAAUUCCGUGAUGGAGAUCCGAGGAGACGACGUGCCAGAAAGGAAAGCCACGAGCCUGAUGACUGUCAACCGGGUCAUCGUCGAGCCAGAAAUCCUGCUUCGCUUCUCAUCUCUGCAUCGCCUGCUACGGAUAUCCGCAUGGUGCCGUCGCUGGCUGCGCGCUUCUGAGCCGACUUACACCGCUGGACUAACGUUGAGUCCUGAGGAACUCGACAUGGCACUCUUUCGCUGGCUUCGAGAAGUGCAGACACUGCACUUCACGGACGAGAUCACCGCAGUCGCAGCUGGACGCUCCGUCGCACCACGCAGCCCAUUAGUCAAGCUGACUCCGUUCCUCGACGACCAUGGUGUUCUGAGAGUGGGAGGUCGGCUUAAGCACGCCCUGCUGACACAAGAUGAGAGGCACCCGAUGAUCAUUCCAACCUCGUCGUGGCUGACUCGUCUGCUGGUGGAAUCCUGUCACCGUCGGACGCUGCAUGGCGGAGUGCAACUUACUCUGGGGCUGCUUCGACUGCGCUUCUGGAUUCCACGAGGACGCACAGUUGUGAAACAGCAACUACAUCGCUGCAUCACCUGCACAAGAUGGCGAGCAACGACGCUGCAGCCACCGAUGGGUAAUCUACCCCGCGAUCGGGUCACUCCGACUCGGCCAUUUCUGCGCACCGAGUGGACUAUGCAGGACCCAUCCUCAUCCGAACGAGCAAGGGACGAGGACACCGCGCUUAUAAGGGCUAUAUCGCAGUAUUCAUCUGUUUUUGAGGCCUUCAUCGCCGCUUUACGUCGCUUUGUCUCACGUCGAGGUCUCUGUACGGACAUAUAUAGCGACUGUGGAACGACCUUCAUCGGGGCUGACCGCACUUUACGGGAACUCUUCGUCGCUGCAUCCACAGAGGGUCGUGGAAUCGCACGCGUAGCUGCUGAACAUGGCAUACGGUGGCACUUUAAUCCACCAGCAGCUCCGCACUUCGGCGGAUUGUGGGAGGCAGCCGUCAAAUCCGCUAAGUAUCACUUGCGGAGGGUGAUAGGUGAAACCACUCUCACCUUUGAGGAACUGACCACUCUCCUCACACAAAUUGAGGCCUGUUUAAAUUCUCGUCCAUUACAGGCACUCUCUGACGAUCCAGACGAUAUUACAGCACUGACUCCGGGCCACUUCCUGAUCGGCGCGCCGCUUCUCGCCAUCCCGGAGCCAGUACAGGAGGACACCAGUGGAUCCGCAGCAUCACGAUGGCAUCAUCUCCAGGCGAUGCGAGAUCACUUUUGGCAAAGAUGGUCGGGAGAGUACAUCCAUGGACUCAUCUCACGACCUAAAUGGUUGAAGGUCGAUACCACACCUCACAUCGGAGCACUCUGCCUUGUGCGCUCCGAGAUUUCGCCUCCAAACCGAUGGCCUCUCGCCCGGAUCACAAAACUGCAUCCCGGCGACGACGGGAUCGUACGCGUGGUCACCGUUCGAACCGCGACCUCCGAGCUCGUGCGUCCGCUCGUAAAAAUCGUUUACUUCCCGACUUCACAACGGACGUAA